CAUCGUGGACUCAGUGACAAAAUUGUCAGGAGCGAGAGCCAUGUUGUGUAAGUCUAUAAUAAUUCGCAUGUUAUAAUAUUUAAAAUAUUUCCUAAUUUGUUUUACAAACACAGGCACACAAUAUAGGGAUUGAAGUCAGAAGGGUGUACACGAACAUGAUGACUCUGUUUUCAAUGGCCAUCGUACUUGUAUCGAUGUUCCCUGCUAGAUACACAUUGCCGGGUCAACCAUGCGUGUAUAUUUCCUCUCGGAAUUUUUUAGACUGUAGUUUCCUUGGGCUUAAGUCAGUGCCAACAGCAGACGUUCACUUCACUGGUGCUGAAGGACUAGACCUCAAGGGUAACUUGAUUGAGACUAUAAAGAGCGACAUUUUUUCAACAAACCUGGAACUUAAUUAUCUUGAUCUUUCAAAGAAUCAGAUUGCCAAGUUGGAACCAAAGGCUUUUCAUGGGCUCUCGAAAUUGGCUGUUCUAAACCUUUCUGGGAACAACAUUGAACUCAGUUCAGAUGUGAUCACGGCGAAGCUGUUCGAACCUCUAGUAUCCUUGCAAGAGAUACGCCUUCAGAAUAUCGUCCCCAUGAAGUCGUCACAGAAGUGGAGAGGUGUGGACGCGGCUUUUGGGAAAUUAGGAAAUCUGACCAGGCUUUACAUAGACUUCCCCCGUGACUUCGUCUUCGAAAAUGGUUUUAGUGCUUUGACAAAACUAACAACAAUUUCUACGUCCGGUCGGGAAAGAAGCGUGGAAAACUGUACUCUAGGGUCGCUUAGAAACUCUACGUUCAGUGCACUGCGUAAUCUUCAUAUCAAGGAGCUACAGCUGAUGCAUUGUUCUCUAGUCACCAUAGAAAGCGGCACCUUUGAGCCUCUAACCUCGUUAUACUCCUUGGAACUCGUGAACAACUUAAACCUGGGUCUUAAUGAAGCCGUUAAUUCCUUGCAUUGUUUUCGAAAUCGACGAAUGAAGAAAAUCAGACUGACACGUUUGAAUAAUGGAACGUGCGAAGCAGGCAGACAUUUUGUGCUGACGUCAAAAAGUAUGUUCAUCCUGUUGAAUCUGUGCGUAGAAUUGUUAGAUUUGUCGGAAAAUUACAUCAGCUACAUGCAGUUAUCCGGAGGCGUCCGAUUGUUUAAUUGUUUGGAAUAUUUUAACAUGUCCUAUCACUCUCUGCGAUGUAUCCCACCUUUUAUCCUACACAUGUCCUUCACGUCAAAAGUUCUGAAAUCAUUCGACGUCAGCUAUGGGUUUGGAAUUUCAAAAGCUGGAGGGGGGUUUGUAGACAGCUCUUUGUUGAGAAGAUCUAAAGAAGGAGUUAGAUAUGAUCCAGGAAUAUUGUACGUUCCAAAGUCAUUAGAAAGACUCGACAUGAAUGCUAUCGUCUAUUGGAUGUUUCUAGACACACCUAUCACGUUUCGCAGAGCAGAUAAUUUAAGAUACUUUGGUUUUGCUUAUAAUAAUCUUGAUAAUUGUGAAGAGUGUAUGGUUAGGGGUGCAGAUAACUUGACAGAAAUGGAUCUCUCCGGAAUAAGGUGUGAGAAAAUAAACAGUGAGUACUUUCUGCAUUUGCGAAAAUUAAAGACACUUUCGCUUUCUAAUUCACUUAGAUUGGAUCUUUCAAGCUCUUCAAUGACUUCCUUUGACCUUCUUAAUGACCUUGAAUAUAUUGACCUUUCCGGCAAUAAAAUAUCCCAGCUACAUCCCGGGCUUUUUCAAAACAACGUACGACUUCUCAACGUCAAUUUGGCAAACAACAAGCUACAGCGUCUGCCCAGCACCAUUUCGCAUAUCACUGGUUUAAAGAGCUGGGACUUAUCUGCUAAUGCCUUCACGUAUCUACAGACGGACGAGAUUAGGUUGAUUGAGGGAUGGAUCACCAGAGCUGGCAGCGAAGAUCCUUUCUUACUAAAACUAGGUUCAAAUCCUCUACAGUGCACUUGCGAUACCAUUUUGUUUAUUCACUGGAUUGUCAGUAGGAAGCGCCAACUGGAUAAUCCAGACAAUUACACUUGUCUUCUGUCUAAUGGUUCUCAGAUGUCCGUGUACAAAUUUAGGCAAAAUAUGAAAAAUUUUGAGAUCAGUUGUGUGAGUUCAACUUACGUGAUCAUAUCUGUAGUUGUAUUUUCUACCAUACUGAUCUUAAUUUUAAUUCUUUUUGGAAUAUAUCGCUACCGCCUAAAUCUCAGGUAUUGGUUGUAUACAAAACUUCAGCCACCCAAAGACAUGUUUUUGGACCAGGAUUAUGUCUUCGACGCUUUUGUGGCCUACACUUUGGAAGACAGAGAAUUUGUUUCACUACAGCUACGUCCAAAUCUAGAGCUACUUGACAAUCCAUUGAAACUCUGCAUUCACGACAGAGACUUUACACCAGGGAAACCGAUCCACGAAAAUAUCGUUGACAAAAUGAGAGAAAGUCGCAAAAUUCUCCUGAUUAUUAGCCCACAUUUCCUGGAAUCGACCUACGGUCCGCUAGGAAAUCGAGUAUGCUGGCAUGAAAUCUCUGAGCGACGGCAGGGACGACAUUAUAUUGUGUGUACUGAUGGAGGAUAUUCCAGUUCGUCACAUGCCGAAGGCGCUGAGAAACCUCUGGCACAAGAUCACCUUCCUGAAGUGGAGCGAUGAUCCGCAGGAACAGGUCAUUUUCUGGAGGAAUCUGAUUGACGCUUUACACUGAGGAAUUCACAGCUGAACGGUUGUGAAACCACAUUGUGUAUUACCGAUCAUGCUUUUCGUUUUGUAAAGUUAGGGAUAAUUUUAAAAAAAAUUAAGUUCAAUUAUUGGCCUUGUAAUUUGCUACUAUUUAUGCAUUUAACAUGCACAGUUAGAAUAAAACCCUGUCUGAGGCUUGUUGACGUAUUUAACGGGUUACGUGUGACAGUUUGCGAGCUAUCACACUGUAUUCAAUUAUACUAUAUUUCUGGCUACGGUAGCAGGGAAUUGAAUUAAAGAGGCUAUAUAGAUUUUUGAUCUAAAAUCCAUGUUCCUCAAGCAACAAAUUUUAUCUAUUAACCAAGAAUACCUAAAAGAGCUAACGUUAAAAUGAUUCUAAAGUUUGAAAAAG